CGAAAAUAACCGUCCAUAAGAAAAUCGACGGCAUCCAGCAAUAGACUUUCUUAGCCCGCAUACGAUCUAUUCGCAUACUCAGCCAGUCCAUUUCACUAGAUCCAAGUCUUCUUCCUCCUCCGGCUCUCGUUGUCGGCGAAGGGUCGCUGAAAAAAAAAAAAACACAAAUAAGUAAAGAGAUCGAAAAAAUCAGUUGGAUUUAUGAGAUUGCAUUCCAAUCCUUCCAAAAUCGCUCCUUUCGCAGCAGUUUUGAUUCUCCGUUACAUCUGUUUUCGCAAACCCUAACUCCGAAACUCUUGCCACAAAUUUGUCGAUCGAAUCUUCAAUGGAUGAUUCCGAGGGGGCUUUCAGCUUUGACUUCGAACCAGCGCUAGACGCCGGCGGUGGAGAAUCCUCGGCGGCCGUGGGGCAGGAUCCUUACGGAGAUCCGAGGGUGGCUAUGGCGCCGGAAAACGCUGUCGCGCCGCAGGACCGGAGAAAUUUUCGGCGGACGGUUUGCCGGCACUGGCUGCGCGGUUUGUGCAUGAAGGGUUCGUCUUGCGGGUUUCUCCACCAGUAUGAUAAAGAGAAGAUGCCGGUUUGCAGGUUCUUUCGGAACUUUGGUGAGUGCAGGGAGAAGGAUUGCCUCUAUAAGCACACCGUGGAGGAGAUCAAGGAGUGUCACAUGUAUAUGAUGGGAUUCUGCCCAAAUGGACCUGGGUGCAGAUUUAAACAUUCAAAGCUGCCUGGGCCUCCUCCCCCUGUAGAAGAAGUUUUGAAGAAACUUCAGCACCUGAGCUCAUUCAGCAGCUAUGGCUCUUCUAACCGACAAUUCCAGCCAAGAAGUUUUGAGACAUGGAAGAAAGAACAAAUUAAUUAAUUUUCUGGGGUUUUAAAUAACAAUUUUACAAGAAUAAAACAUUAACUGAAACAAAAUUUACCCAAAAAAAAAAAAUUUGCAGAACCUGCAGCAGAAAAUCCUGCUUUUAUUCAUCUUUAACAAAGAACUGGGUGUAGAUAUUUUCUGUGAAAUAGCUUUGAGGCUCUGCAGAGAGUGAAACUUUAGCUUCUGUGCCCAAAAUAUAAGAAGCUGGUGUCAGCUAAUUUUGGUAGUAAAAAAAUUUGGGGCAUUUACACUCAUACCACCCAUUUUCUAUCUAUUUACAUAUCUAACAUCUAAAAUUUGUUUCUUAUACUUAAUACCACCCAAAGUUUUCAAAUCGCUAUUUUAUUUCUAAAAU